AACUUACAAUUUUUUCUAGAUUUCCUUUCUUCUUUUUGUUUUUUUGCACUCUAUUCUAUAUAGUGUCUUUUAUUUCCAAAAAUUUUAGUUGAUCUGAUCAACAAUUAAUGGAAAGAUUUGUACAAGUUAUACGUUUUGUCACCACUUUGUAGAAAAAUCAUUAUAGAGUUGAACAAAAAAGCUCUAGUCUCAUAAACUAUAUUUCCAUAUUCAAAGUGAAUUAUUUGAGUAUUCAUUUUGUUUCAAAUCGACUCAUAAACUUGCAAGAUUUUAUGUAAUCUUCUUUCAUAUUUGUCCUUAGAUCAUAUGUAUUUCAAGAAAAUCAUGUUCAAGUAACUUGGUGGUUUUUGUGUUUUUAUAUAUAUAGUGUUUUUUUUUUUUUUAUAUUACUUUAUAAAGAUCAAUUUUCUUGAAUAUUUUUAAUGGCUGAGGCUAUAAUGGCAAUAGAAGAACAUACAAAUAGUAGUAACAGUAAUAGUGCUAGUGCCAUUAAAAAGUUGAAGCAAAAAAAAGUACCACAAAGAGGACUAGGUGUUGCUCAACUUGAGAAGAUUAGGUUGGAAGAACAACAAAUAAAAGAUGAAAUUUUGACACCAAACCCAAUUGUAUCAUCACAAGAUUCAUCACUUAGGCCUUUAAAACAACCAUCAGUCUUGAAAAAUUGUGACUUUAGACUAAAUUCAUCAACCCCAUGUGUUGAUAAUUUGAAUCCAAAGCCAUUGCAAUCUACAAAACAAGUGAAUAUGAGUGAAGAUGAAAUGAAUUUGUCAGCAGUUUUGGGUAAAGGAUAUGAUGAUGAUGAUGAUGAUUGCUCUAAAUUGUGUAGUGGAAAGUAUAGUUCUGAGGAAGAUCAAGAUGAUAAGUUGUAUCAUCAUGGUGUUAUUAUUCAGCCUCCAAUUUUCUCUUUGCCACUUUCUUCAUCAAUGGUGAAUAUCUCAUCAGGGAUUUCAUCAUCAUCUGUAAGAAAUUUUCAGAUGGAGCCCCCUUCAAACCAAAGUUAUCAUGGAUGUAAUUAUCUACCUUUGUGGCCAGAAGUAAAGAGAGUUGGCACAAAAAGACCAUAUCCAUUCCCUCCAGAGUUCCCACCGGUUCCUGCAUUUCACUGCCAAUUUCCUCCGCGCUAUGAUGCCCCCCUAUGCCUAGUAAAUUCAGACUCAAGAAGCAUAUUUAAAAGAGAAGUUCCUUUAAAAUCAGCAACUCUGCCAGACGCGGCGAAACCAAGGAAUGUUUUUAGUCAAAAUAAAGCUCUCAGUGGAGAUUUUCUCACAUUGGCUCCUCCUACAGCUGUUGUGCCAUAUCUAGGUGCAGGAAAUCAGCAAGUUUUAUCUGAUUCGGUCCCUCAGAACAACGAGCUAUUUAAAUUCGAGACAGUAUCCUUUCAAGAAGUUGCUGAAGAGCCUAGCACUAGGCCAGGCCUAAGAAAAUCUGUUCAACAACACAUCUUCAGAUUCUUUCCAUCUCCGAACGUGCAAAUUGCCCAACUGGGAAACAUUCAUGGUGAAGUAGGAGGAAAAGUUGAUCUGAAUCUGAAGCUAUGAAAGUUUAUUCCAUGCUAUAUGGUGCUUUUGUCAGGAGAAACUUCUGUUAUGAUACCUUGAAGAAUGGUGUUCCUCGAAAAACAAAAGGCAGCCCGGUGAACUAAAGCUCCCGUUAUUUGCAGGGUCUAGACAAGGGUUGGGCUACAAGGGUCUGUUGUAGGCAACAGACUUUACUCUUUACUCUGAUAGAAAGCUUCCCUUUCUAUCAGAGGCUGUGAAGUUUCCACAGCUUAAACCCAUGACCUCCUGGUCACAUAUCAACUUUAUCGGUUACGAAAAGGCUCCAUUCAAGGUGUUCCUCAAGGAAAAUAUAUAUAUUUAUAUAUAUAUACAGUUGUUUGUUUGACAUUAGUUUUAUUACAAAAUGAUGGUUAACAAAAGCUCUUCAGGUAGUUUAUGGUCUCUUGGUGUGUAGAGUGUAAUGAAAGUCAUUUUUUUGCUUGUAACAAUCGAAAACAUCAGAAGAAUAACAGGCUUCUAAGGCUUGUCUUAAACAUAGAAUGUGUUUCAA